CUCCAUCCACUUGUCAUUUGUUGGAAGUUUGUGUUGGAUUUUGUUUGCGCAUAUCAUGACUGAGCAGGCUCCGGUUGUUAUUAGUUCAGACGGUGCAGUUGGCCUGCACCGCGAAGACACGGCUCGAUGGCCUCUUGCAUACAGUCUACAACCACUGAACCCCGCAUACAGUGGUAGAGUAACACCUAAGCGUUGGUGGUCUCAUAGACUGUAUCGAGGCCCUGGGAACAAAGAAGUCCAGAUCUUGUACAGCAGAACAAAAGCUCAAUCAGAGGACAUUGCCCAACACUUUUUGAAUGAGACUGUCAUUGGAUUCGAUAUGGAGUGGCCGUGGAAUGACUGGAAACGAGAUGAUCUACAGAACAAGAUCGGGCUGAUACAAAUCGCUACCCAAGAUAAGAUAGCUCUAUUUCACAUUGGACUGCAUCCGGGGAAAACAGUAGACGACAUUAUCGCGCCGUCGUUGAAGAAACUCAUCCAAGACCCCAACAUUGGGAAGUUGGGGGUCGGGGUCUUGAGCGCAGACUUCUCUCGCCUGCGCCGGUUCUUUGGCUUGCAGCCGAAGGGUGCUGUUGAAUUGAGCCAUUUGUAUCGACUCAUCAAGUAUGGUGCGCACAAACCGGAAUACGUCUCGACUAAGAUGGUCAGCCUGGCAAACCAGGUUGAGGACCAGCUCGGCUACCCUCUGUACAAAGGCGAUGUGCGGACGAGUAACUGGAGUAAGCCGCUAUCCCAAGAUCAGAUCAACUACGCGGCUGGAGACGCUUACGCUGGCCUUAUGCUUUACCAUUGCAUGAACGCUAAGCGCUUGAAGAUGACUCCUGCCCCUCCUUUGCCGAUUCACGCAGACAUAUACCAGCCGUUCAAGUUCUCGAAGAUAACCCCUCUUCGAUUGCAAGCUUUGGAAGCAGACGGUUCUUUCAUUACAUCCGAUGCGUUUUUCAAAGUGCCUAUGAAAGAAGAGGACAUAGCGAGGCUGCAGAUGAGGAAGGGUAGAAGCACUGUGGUGGUGACAGCAGUUGGAAGCACGGUGGUCAGGAAGAAGGCUGAAACUCCAAAGCCCAAAACACCAGCACAACCCCUUGACGCGAUUUCUCAAGGCCUCUAUGACGAACUCGUUAUUCGUCGCUCAGCAUUGGUCGAGACUACCAAGUUGCCUAUACAUCGGAUUGCAGUGAACGCUGUACUCGAAGGUCUAGCACGCAAGCGACCGCUAGACAAAAGCGCCCUAUUGAACGUGAAAGGCAUCGGCAAGCUGCACCAAGAGAGGUACGGCCAUGUGUGGAUAGAGGUGAUCUCGCAGUAUCUCUCCGCGAACGGGUUGCCGACCACGUCCAACAGCACGUCGUUGGAUGUGUCUGCUUCGAAAACAUCAACACGUGCUCCCUCCACGCCCACAAGGCGGAGACGAGACGCACGACAAGACACAAAUCAAGACUCAUCACCCGCCUUCGCCAGCCCAACGCUCCACACAGGUCUAUCCUUCAACAUGGGAGCGACAACAUUAAGCACUAAGCGCGUCAGCAUCAACGACGCAGACGCAGACGCAGACCCCGACUCCGACUCCUCCCUGCCAUCCCUAAAAUUCAACACACCCCCAAGACGAAUAUCCGGCGCAAAACGGCGCCGCACAACAAGUCCCGCGCCUUCGAGAACCCCUCAAGCACCAUCACAACCCAGCAAACUCCCCCCGCGCCCCGCCUCCACCCCACCCCUCAUCUCAGACCACACGCUCCGCACUAUUGUGACGACGCGACCCGCGAGCGAGGAAGAAUUAUUGCGGAUUCCGGGGGUGGGUGGGCUGGCUGAGGCGUGUGGGGUGGUGGGGGUUGGGUUUUGGCGGAAUGUUGGGCGGUUUAUUGGGGUGGUUGCUUAA